AAAAGGAAAAUACGACAAACCAGCCGCUCCCUCCCAACUAAGCUCAUCCCACGUCAGCUUUCCAUCGAUCUCACUGUAUAUAAUCAAGUCAUUUUGUAAUUCUAUUCUUGUUUCCUGCUUCGCCGUUAACCUCGCCUCGCGCUCUCCAUCUCUUUCAAUCAUUGCAUGUUUUUUCUGUUUCUUUUCAUUUCUAUUUUAAUUAAGAUGGUGUCACUCAGGGCGGUACGGCCAGCGAUUUCUUGUUCUUCUUCCGGUUUAGAGAGUGGCCCAUCCGUACCGCUUCCUAAGGUUGGCUUCGUGAAGUUGCCGUUGCCGUUGCCGGCGCAGUCUUCUUCUUUGGGAUUGCAUGUCGGCAACAAUGCGAGGUUGAGCUUGGUUCAGGCGACGGAGGAAUCGGCCGUGUCGGUUGCAAAUGAUCGUGGUGCUGUUAUUUCUGCUGGAUCUACUUAGGAUUCUGAUUUCAAACGUCUAACUAGGUCAAAAUCUCCGCCAGAUGGCUACUAAUGGAAAGGCAACGAACAUUGUAUGGCACAAAAGUUCUGUUGGUAAACUUCAUCGGCAAGAGCUGCUUCAGCAAAAGGGUUGUGUCAUAUGGAUUACUGGUCUCAGUGGCUCAGGAAAGAGCACUUUGGCAUGCGCUCUGUGCCAAGCCUUGUAUUCGAGGGGAAAGUUGACUUACAUCCUUGAUGGUGACAACGUUCGACAUGGUUUAAACCGUGACCUAAGUUUUAAAGCAGAAGAUCGUGCAGAAAACAUACGAAGGAUUGGAGAGGUAGCAAAGCUCUUUGCAGAUGCUGGCCUCAUCUGCAUUGCCAGUGUGAUAUCUCCCUACAGAAGAGACAGGGAUGCAUGCCGCACGCUGUUGCCAGAAGGAGAUUUUAUUGAGGUGUUCAUGGAUGUGCCACUCCAAAUAUGUGAGUCUAGGGACCCAAAGGGCCUGUACAAGCUUGCAAGAGCUGGAAAAAUAAAAGGUUUUACCGGUAUUGAUGACCCAUACGAACCACCUCUGAAUUGUGAGUUAGUAUUACCACAAAAGGGAAACAACUAUGCUUCCCCAUGUGAAAUGGCUGAAACUGUGAUAUCAUUCCUGGAGGAGAAGGGGUUCCUGCAGGCCUAAGAGGAGAGAAGCCCUGCAAUUCCUGGGUACAGUAAUCACCUGUAAUAUAGUGUUCUGAAUCAAUGAAAAUUGAUUCUUUUCUAAGGAAAUUUCUCGUUUCCUUCAUCGAGGAGACUUUCUGUUUCCUCUAUCUAUUGUUUGUUUCUGGCAUCAAGGAAACUUCUUGUUUCCUGUUUCUGUAGUUUAUAUCUUGUAAUAGAUAAUUAAUCGCUUGAUUAAUUAGAGUGUCCUUUGUUAAGCCUUGUUGAAGCCAAGUUGUGCAUAAUUGGCUUUAGUUAGUCAAAAACUAAAGAUGGACCGAAGGUGUUUGGCUGUUGGUGUAUCAUGUAUGUGCUUGUAUCAUAUAGCAUUGUGAUGAUUGCUUUUAAAAGGAAGGCCAAGUUUUCCUACCCUGUCAUUUUGCUUGUGUCUUUCAAUCUGUACUGAACGAGAAAGGGUCAAUUCUGUGUUGAUGUUGUUUGAUGU